UCAUCUGUCGGGACAGCUGAAAUCCAAGAUCGACCCAAGCACAGUUACAGUACAAAAUCUUCAAGUGCUAAGUCAUGUUAAAUUCAAAGAACAAAAACAAAUCAAAAUCUUUUGGCAACAAGCAAUGCAUUUAAAUUGCAAUUUGAAAAUCAAAUAAAUAUAAAAGCAAGGAAAGUGUUUUGAAGCCUAGAUUCAACCCAUUUUAUGGGAAAUUGAUGUUAAAUUCAGACAGUGUGACUUUGCAGAAAAUGGGGUUACUGAGUAUGGCGAUGGCUGUAAGCAGACCAUCCCAAAAAAAGAGAAGGACUCAAGGAUUGCUGGUAUUUUUACAGAGCUAGAACAACAGCUAGCUAUAGCUGAAAAUCGAUGCACUACGUUAAGAAAACAAGUUGAAUACAUGCGGCUCCUAUAUGAUGGUGUAGAAAAACCUGUUGAAGGUGGAGAGGCUGGAUUUAAGACGAAAGAAGAUAAAAGGCGAGGUGAUCCCCAUUUUUUCCCAGAAAGACAACAGAGGACAAAGCAGUGUAUAGUUUCAGAGCAUAAUGUAUUCAAUGAAAACUUUUUAACUGACUUUAAUGAAGGAUUUGUGUCUGAGAUCACUGGAAGUAAACAGCAUGUGGGCAAAGACCCCAAAGAUGUGGUGCAAAUCAUACUAAGUGGGAUGACACGUUCAAUCAAUGAUAUGUCCGAUCCUGAUCUCCAAAUGGAGCCAGAUAUGAAACCUAGUGGUGCACAAAAAAAGAGCCAAGCCAGCACAGAGCCAAAGAAAUUAGAACCAGAAGGUGUAAGAGUCAAACCAAAAGGAGGUGGUUAUAAAGGAAAAAUGACCAAGAACCAAGAAGAUUCUGCAAAAAUAGUUAGAACAUCAUCAAAAAAAUCGGGAAAAAAAGAGACUCCAGGUGGAAAUAAGAUAAAUACGAGGCAAACGGGUAAAGCCAAUUCAAACAAAUCGAGCAAUGCAAAAAUGAAAAAAAUUACAAAACCGAUGAAAGCCACCAAACCGACAAGUUUCAAAAAUAAAAACCAAAUGAUGCAGGGUUCAUUUCAAUACACUCUACCACCUCCAAGUGAAAAAACAAUGUCUUAUGCCCCCAAAGAUAAUUGUUCAAUAAAUCGGAGAAAAAGCAAAUCCUCGUGUGAAUAUGUGAAAAGCACGUAUCAAUUGCCGACAGUAUCAUACAGAAUGAAAUGUGUUCCAAAAAGCCUCAAUGCUCACUUUAACAUAAAAAGUAUACCAUUUGUUGUUGGCAUGUCUACAAAUAAGUCUCAUAAUUUAGGAAUGAAAGUUCAGGAAACUCUAUCCUUGAUUAAACUGAACAACAGGUCAGCCAUAUCUCAAACAGCACUAGCAGAUCCAGACUGUGAACUUGGAGGCCUGCUGAAAUAUUGCCCUUCCCAAGUCCCUUUUGGUCAAGCUCGCUCAAGGUACGUAGUCGGUCAUGGAUCUCUUGGUAAUGUGAAAAAACCGAAAUCCCUUCUACAAGCAAAGGCUAGUUCAGUAUCUAUGGGCACUUCAGUGGAUUAUAAAAAUUAUCAACUACGCAAUGUAUUGGUAAAUCUUCACGAUGAAUUCUCUAAGAUGACUACCAAAUACGAUGAACUGAAAGAAUUAGUGAAGACAAAAAAAGAUCCAGAAGCUGACAAAGAGCUCCAGAAGUUGGAGGAAGAGUUAACAACCAAAGAAAAUGAGAUCAAUGCCAUUAUGGGACUAUACAACGAGGUGUCUGACCUCAAGGAUAAGCUAACAUAUAUGGAAAAGCGAUCCAGUAGCACGAGUUUGUUUGUGAGCCCAGACGCAUUUUCGCAGACAAUAUCCACAAAUGGAUUGAAAAUGACGAGGUUACUCCGUAAAAUAGAAGAAUUUCAAGACAGCCUUAAAGCAAACACCUUCGUCUGAAUAAACCCACAAAAACGAACAAAAACCAAAAAAAGGAUAUUGUUAGGACUAAUUUUCUUUUGUGGAAAUUUACACUGUUUGAGAUAAAAUAUUUUUUAAAAUA